CUUCUCGAUACCUUUAAAGCCGUCGCCAGACUUGGUGCCGUCCGCAGCCUGGACGUUAUCCUUCGACGCCUUACCUGUAUUUACACCUCCAUCCGCGCGUCUCGACCUUGAUACGAGAGGCCGUCAGCCUCCAUUGUGACCGAUUCGCAAAGCGCGCGCCCUCAGCCUCUGGAACGCGACCGACCAUUCUAUCGCAUCUUUUGUCUGUAAUCUGCGCAUUUCGAACAAUGGGUAACCAAAUAUCAAAGAUGAUGGGGAAGAUCUUCGGAUCGAGGGAGAUGCGAUUGUUGAUGCUCGGAUUGGACGCCGCAGGCAAGACGACUAUUCUCUACAAAUUGAAGCUCAAUCAAGAUGUCACUACAAUUCCUACCGUGGGCUUCAACGUCGAAACGGUCACGUACAAGAACGUGAAAUUCAACGUCUGGGACGUGGGUGGCCAGGACAAGAUUCGACCGCUUUGGCGACACUACUUUUCUGGGACGCAAGGUCUGAUCUUCGUGGUUGACUCUAAUGAUCGCGCACGUAUCGAUGAGGCCCGACAAGAACUGCACAGGAUAAUAUUGGACCGAGAAAUGAAAGAGGCACUCCUCCUUGUGUUUGCCAACAAACAAGAUAUUCCGGGCUCUAUGACGCCAACCGAAGUUACCGAAAAGCUAAGACUGGGCCAAUUGAAAGAACGAAUAUGGUACGUUGUGCCUAGCUGCGCAACUACUGGUGAAGGAUUGCUUGAAGGGCUGAGCUGGUUGUCCACGAAUGUAAAAUCACAACCUCGACCAGCAGUAGCCAAGUGAGCACCAUGGCACACAGGCCUGGCUCCAAAGGAGUAGAAGAUGAGUGGUUGAUUUAUGGAUUCCGACGCGCGCCGAUGAGCUGGACAUCAUCGACUAUGAUACCAAUUUGCAAGCGUUCUCGAGAGGUUGUUCGUGAGCGAAUUUGAGCGGUUCCAGACACGACGUUGGGAAAGCAUUGUGCGGAGCAUUGCCUGCGUGAGAUAUUGUGCGUCCGGUGUUAAUGGACGAUUCCACACCGAUGAAUGGGGUUUUGCUACGUUGAAUUCAAGGGUGUUGGCUACGCCUCUUCCUCACCAGGAGGAGUCUCGACUUGGGCUGACAGAGCACCACAUCUUUCACACCCGAACGAGGGUCCGUUGGGCACCAAGUAGCGAAGAAAAGGGAAAGCAGUUUCUUUUGGGUGGUCAGGGGCGGCAGGACACCACACACAGGUCGUCUGAUCGUUCAUGAAACGUCGGUACUAAGACUUUGUUCCCGAGUGACGGGGCUUCGAGGGAGACUAGCCCUUAUGCAAACGAUGAAGCACCCCCGUUUGGGCAGCAUACUGUCCACCAUGGGUGAACAGCUGGGUCAGUGAUUAAUGUAGUACCGAGUAUAGAUUUUGUAUCAAUAACGUGCACGGCA